AUGUUCUGGUACCCGCCUGCUGUCUGCUACUACAAACGAUUCGGGCCUGGAGUUGACGAAGACGAGGAGAAUGAGGGGGCGGCGACGGACGGGAGAGACAUCAAGCCGCAUGGCGAUAUCGAGGAAAAGGACUCGAAUGGCGCGACUCAGCCACAGAACUCGCGGCUGCUGUCUCUCCCGGUAGAGAUACGGCUGAGGAUCUACUACUGGGCUUACAGGAUGAGUCCCAUCCAGCCCAAGGAGCUGGCAGCGGGAUACCCCAUCCCAAUGCUGUGCCGUUACGUGCUGCACCCUCUCGACCCUGAUCUUGAGAAGAAGAUUGAAGAGGAAAUAGAGGCUGAGGAGGCCCUCAACAGAAACACCCCCGGCCUGCUCAGCUCGGAGCGACCGCUGGCGGGCAUUCCCACAAACUUGCUCCGCACCUGUCGGCAGAUCUACUUUGAGGCCCGCGAGGUGCCGUUUGCCGAAAACGAGUUUGUCUUUCUGAACUGGUUCUCGUCGGGCCUCAACGCAGCGUCCGCCGUGACCAAGUCACAGCGGCCGUGGCAGCGGCUGGCGAUGCGGUACGCGAGGCUGGAGAUUAUGGCCGAGGAUCUGGCACGCAAGGCGGCGCUGAGCAAGUGGGCGGACCUGUGCAGCCCGGGACGCGCGGCGUCGUGGACCCGCGGGCUCCGGGGCCUUCGGGUGAAAGUCGUGGGCCAGAUCGGCCGGAGGAGCACCGACGACCAAAAGGACGACGACGAGUUUGUCGACGGGCUGGAGGAGGCUGGCGGUGCGAGGCGGUGGGUGGAGGGCGGGCGGCUGGCGGAGAUGGAGAACCUGGAGCGGCUGGAGAUUGAGAUUAUCAAGAACUCGUGGAGCACCGAGGACAAGAUUGCGUGGUGCGCGGCUGUUCAGGACGCCUUGAGGGAGAAGGGGUCCAACGCGGUGGUUGCGGCCAUGGGCAGGAUCUUGUGA